UUGCCGACAAUCGCCGAGGUUCGUUCGGUCUGUGGGACAAGCCACACCCACCCCCUAUCAAAUCAGAUCAUUGCUCGUUCCUCAAAAGUCAGCAGGAGGGAAACCCACACGAUGGAGCAAUCCGGCGUCUUGACCAAGAUCGUGGCGGGUGGUGUUGCGGGGGUUUCAGAAACGCUCGUCACUUACCCAGCCGAGUUCGUAAAGACGCGCCGCCAGCUACACUUCAAAGCCACCGCCGAUGCCGCACACGCAUCCGCAACCGCACCCGCCAGCCCUGCGCCCAGCUCCCUCGCCAUCAUCCGGGACACGGUCCGCACCUCGGGCGUAAAGGGAAUCUACUCGGGCGUCCAGGCCCUCGCGGCCUCCAACGCAGCGAAAUCCGGCAUCCGAUUCCUCGCUUUCGAGACGACGCGCGCCAAGCUCGAUGCAUUAGCCGGGACACCGACAGCCACGGCAACCGCCGGCAACGGGUCGGCAAGAAAGCCGCGCGCGGCGUGGAUCAAUGUUGUAAGUGGUCUAAGCGCCGGCGUGGCAGAGAGCAUCGCGGUCGUGACGCCAGGCGAGGCCAUCAAGACCAAGAUGAUCCACGACGCCGCUUCCUCCUCGUCCGGGGCCGGGGCCGGGGCCGAGUCCAACCCAGGCCGCUUCGCGAACCGCGGGCUCGCAGGCGCCGUCGGGGUCCUCGUUCGACAAGAGGGCGUGAGGGGGCUGUGGAGCGGUUUGACGCCAGUGCUGUGCAAGCAAGGGACCAACAGCGCGGUGCGGUUCACGACCUUUGCGAUGCUCCAGGAGCGGGUGGCGGCUCGGUGGCCCGCAUUGGAGGGCGGCGUCGGGAGUACGCUUGUCUUGGGCGGCAUCAGCGGUGUCUUUACCGUGUAUGCGUCGAUGCCGUUUGAUAACAUCAAGACGAGGAUGCAGAGCGUCGACGCGCGGUAUAAGGGCAUGCUAGACUGCGCCGCGCAGAUUCUGCGGAGCGAUGGUAUCUCUGCGUUCUGGAGGGGCACAUCACCGAGACUUGUCCGGCUGACUCUCUCGAGUGGCAUCACCUUUACGGUCUAUGAUCAAGUGGUGCGUCUGAUACAGUCGUCGCAGACGGAUCAGAAAGCCAGCGACCUACAGCGCGUGUGA